UUUGAAAAAGACGAUGAUACGAAUUUCCACAUCGCCUUUAUUACUGCUGCAUCCAAUUUGCGUGCGUUGAAUUAUGGCAUCACACCAGCAGACAGUUACAAGACCAAAUUUAUCGCUGGAAAAAUUAUACCAGCUAUUGCAACUACGACGUCAUUAGUUGCCGGUCUGGUAUGUUUGGAAUUGUACAAAAUAAUUGCGGGAAAAAACAAGUUAGAAGAUUAUAAGAAUGGAUUCGUGAAUCUCGCAUUGCCGUUCAUUGGAUUUUCGGAGCCGGUUGCUAUGAAAGUGGCCAAGUAUCACGAGACUGAAUGGAGUUUGUGGGAUCGAUUCGAUAUUGAGGGUGAUUUUACGCUCCAAGAGUUUUUGGAUCACUUUAAAAAUAAACAUGAAUUAGAAAUCACAAUGUUGUCGGCAGACGUCAGCAUGUUGUAUUCCUUCUUUAUGCCAAAAAAGAAGUUGGACGAACGCAGGAAUAUGAGAAUAUCACAAUUGAUUGAGCUUAUAACAAAGAAACGAAUUCCCCCACAUGUUCAUGCCAUAACGUUAGAAAUGUGCGUAAACGAUCGCGACGGAGAAGACGUCGAGGUUCCUUAUGUUAGACUUGUCAUUAGAUAG